CUUCUCUUCUAGCCAGCAGCGGUCGAGAGGAGGAACAGAGGAUCAAGACAAAGUCAUGUUCCGGGAUACCUUUAUCUACCUCGGCGAGGCUACGGCCAUGCCCCCCGACUAUGUCAAGCUCUUUACCUGCUUCUUUCUGGCAUUUCCGCUCGCUGUGCCUCUGCCGCACCUGACGGCAGUACAGAAGCACCUGUUCAACUUCCUUGUCGGCUCCUUCUUCCUUUGGGGCAUCCUCGAUCUUCCCGGCGGCUACCUUCAGCUGCUGGUCUCAACCCUGACGACUUACUUUGUCACCAAGCACAAUGUCGGCGGCAAGGCCUGGAUGCCCUGGCUCGUCUUUGGCUUGGCCAUGGGCCACCUCACCGUCAACCACCUCGUGCGGGCCUUUGGAAAUAUCCCGCUGACCACCAUCGAGAUCACGGCCGCGCAGAUGGUGCUGACGAUGAACCUCACGAGCUUCGCCUGGAGCGUGCACGAUGGCAAGAACAGGACGGCCGAGCAGUGCGAUGAACAGCAGAAGAGCAUGCGCAUCACCGAGUUCCCGAGCAUCCUUGAGUUUCUGGGCUACGCGUUUUACUUUCCGGGCCUCCUCAUCGGGCCAUCGACUCGCUUCGUCGACUACCGGGCCUGGUCCACAGGGGCGAUGUACCCCGAGAAGACGCGCACGUCACCAUACUCGGGCAUGCGUCUUCCCCCCCGAGGUCGCGUCCAGGCCUGCGCAAAGCAGCUCACCCUGGGCAUCCUCUCGCUCGCCGCGUGGUCCUACCUCACCCCUCGCUUCGACUACGAGAUGCUCGUGGCUCCCCUCAAGCUUGGCGAGGAGAAGCCGGGUAUUCUUUCGCGCGUAGUCCUCACACAGCUCGCGGGAUUUGCAGCCAGGACAAAGUACUACGGCAUCUGGAAUCUGACAAACGCGGCAUGCAUUUUGUCCGGCCUCUCGUUCAAUGGCUUCGUUGGCGGCGCCAAAGAGAACCAGGGCCAGUCAAAGUGGAACCGAUGCCAGAAUGUAAACUUCAUGGGCAUCGAAUUUGCAAACAACUGGAAGGAGCUCCUCGACAGCUGGAACAUCAACACUAACGUGUGGCUGCGCAACAAUGUCUACAAGCGCGUGUCGCGACCGGGCAAGAAGCCGGGCUUCAAGAGCACCAUGGCCACCUUUAUCACCAGUGCCUUUUGGCACGGCGUCGCGCCCGGCUACUACCUCGCCUUUGUCCUCGGUGGCCUCCUGCAGUCGAGCGGCCGCGGGCUGCGCUCCCACCUGCGCCCCAUCUUCUUCAAGGGAAGCGUCGCGCGCAAGUCGAACCCCACCUCUGUCCGCUCCCUCCUUGACGGCAGCUACACGAUCGCGCAGCUCGCCUACUGCACCCUCUCGGUCGUGGCCGUGCAGCUCACGAUGAACUACACGGCGGCGCCCUUUAUCCUCCUCGAAUUCGGCAAGAGCCUGCAGGCGUGGGGCCAGCUCUGGUACUACGGUAUCGUGUUGGCCCUCGGUCCCAUGGUGGCCAUUCGGCUCGGUGCAGGCAAGUGGCUCGACAGCGUCAGCGGCGCUGGCGCCGAGAAGAAGCGGCAGAGGAACGAGAAGGAGCAGCAACAGCAGCAGCAAAAGGGAGCCAAGGAGGGCAACCCGCAGGUGCCCGAUGUCGACAAGAUCGAGGGCGAGGCGAAGAAGACGGGCGAGGAGGUCAGGGACGCUGCCAUGGAAAAGGUCGAGGACCUGAGGAGCGGCCAGGCAAACGGCAAGAAGAGCCAAUAAAUGCGCUCAUCUCCGAGCGCAAUGAAAGAAGGAAAAACCCAAAAUGCAAGGCAGGACGUUGGUCAAAGAGACAGUUGAAAAAAAGAUGCAUGUACUGUAUAUAGCCUCAGGGUCUGUGAGAGGAUCACUUGGUAGAAUACAGGAUCCUCGCGGAUUUGCUAAUGACAUGAGUAAGGAGCUUGAAAACAGACCGUCUAAAUGCUGUUUGGGGUGGAAUCUGGACGUUCAACAUCUUCUGAUUGUCACUGAGUCUCUAUGCUCCCACUCGUCCUCUUGCUCGGCCUUGAUCUUGGUCGUCUGGCUCCCG